GCACAGUGGGACGCGAGCGAGCCGGCUGGCGGGACAGCGGGCGGAGCCUAAGGGGGUGGGGAGAGGCCAGCCCGGCCGCCCAGCUGGAAACCGUUUCAUUCCUGGCCGGCUCUUCUCUUGGCCAGAGCGAAGCUCCGCAGGGAGGCAGGACGCUCCAACGCGCCCGCACUCUGAGGCCGGAGCGGCUUUGCGCUCAGCCGCGGCCGCACCAGCCGCCUUUCCUGGGAACGAGCCGCGAGCAUCCGCUGAUUCGCGGGCGCCGGGAAAAACCCGGCUUUACGACCGGUCGCUUGGCCAUCUCACGCGCCCGCGAGGCACAGAAGGACCGCGAAAGGGGACUGACGCUGAGCUGAGCUCUCCUGCGGGGGAGAAAGGCGCCCCGGAGAAGAGGGGAGGGAGGGAGCAGUGUCGCGAAGCUCAAGGCCAGCGGUGGAUCAUCCCGGCCAGUUGGCGUCUGGGGGCUGCGAAAUGCGGGAGGAGGACAAGGGCCUGGUCGGUGGUGGCGACGGUGAUGCGGGCCUGGCCAGCGCCGCGGCGCGGGGGCAAGUGGAAAUCGUGCGGCAGCUCCUGGAAGCCGGUGCGGAUCCCAACAGAGUCAACUGCUUCGGGAGGCGCCCGAUCCAGGUCAUGAUGAUGGGCAGCGCCCACGUGGCGGAGCUGCUGCUGCUCCACGGCGCGGACCCCAACUGCGCAGACCCCACCACCCUCGCGCGACCGGUGCACGACGCCGCCUGGGAGGGCUUCCUGGACACGCUGGUUGUGCUACACCGAGCGGGGGCGCGGCUGGAUGUGCGCGAUGCCUGGGGCCGCCUGCCGGUGGACCUAGCUGAGCAGAGGGGCCACCGUGAUAUUGCCCGGUACCUGCGCGCUGCUGCGGGAGACUGAUGGCGGGUGCACCCAGCCACCCACAACGACUUUUCUCCCUAGUUCCCCACCCCCAACUCGGUUCAAUGAAGGCUGCAAACGUGGAGCGGCAGAAAGCCGAAAAGCCGUUUCGGGCGACUUGACUCCUCAAGCGGAAGAAGGGGCAGACCGGAAAUAAUUUUUUUUUCUGGAUCCCACCCUUGACACUCACCGUGAAG